AUGAGAUUAAAUAUCCUAUCGACUAGUAUCGCUUUGGCCUCGCAAGCCAUGGCUUCACUGUCUCAGUCGGAGCUGCAAACGCGCUACCCAACAGGAUCCUUCUCCAUUCUUGCCUACGGUGUAGCUCCUGAGGGAGCCAAUGUUUUUUAUUCAGACGGAUUCGCAUAUGUCGGCGAUUCUUCCCAGUGGAUCUCCGGAUCGGUGACAACCGACGUUACAUUUGUCUUCAAAAACUCCCGAAUUAUCGCUACGGCCACUGACAAGGAUUACACCUUUGACGCUGACACCUCCUUAUACAUCCGUCCCACACCAAAUAAGGUGCUACCUGUGGGUUUCACUGGGAAUUAUGUCGAUACACCGGACGAUGCGAAGCUAGAUCAAUUUCUUUUCUAUGGCAGGUAUCUCAUGUGGCAAGAUGAGAAUGGCUUGCUAUGCGAUUCGUUCCGUCUGAAGGAUACGCCUGUCGACGGUAUUUACCAGCUCUACUGGGAUACUUCGAACCUUUAUCCUCCUGGCUUCUUGAUUCCGACUGUGAAAUCGUCUGUUUGA